AUGACUGAACAAACCAUUCCUGCCUAUUAUUAUUAUAUUGACCCAUCAAUCAAUUACCCCAUACAGCAGCCAAAUCCAUUGGAUGAUUUAAUAUCUGUCUAUCAUUUGUCUGAUAUAUCACGUCAAGUUGCACGAACUAAUAUAGAUGGAUCAAAAGCUAUAAAGCUACGUAAAUCUUACAAAAAUCAAAUAAGCGACCUUUCCGGCAAAUUCUCCGUUAUACCGACCCGUGAGAAUGGUAAAGGUGGUGAGCUGGCACCAAUUAUGUUUAAUACAAAUGCAGAUAUGAUGAACCAAGUCCACCGUCCUACUGAUAUGACAGAUGACAAAGAUUGGAGACAGAUGUUGAUUAAUAGAGACUCCAAAUUAUUCGAGAGUAGCGCUGGUAUCGACUGGGAUCUUUGUUCAAAUGUCUUAUCCCAAUUUGAGAGAUCAUAUCCAAGUGAAUUUCAAAAUCCAUCGGCAGGUUUUCAAUUGGAAGAUUUAGCAUUCGAUUUGGAUGGGACCGGAAAAAGUGGAGGUGGUCUCGGUGGGUCUAAGAAACGUAAAAAUAAAUCAAAUGGGUCAUCAAUGACAACUCCUAAUAGUGAUGUUUCAUAUGAUGAUUCGAAAAGAAGAAGACUGGAAUAA